GGUUCCUGGAGGAAGGAUGAUUCUUUCCUUGACCGGAACACAAUCUCCUGAUCCUGCCAAUGAAUCAACUCAACAAACAUGGGAGUUCGUAGCCCGUAUUUUAGACGACAUGGCAUCAAGGGGUGUGCUUGAUAAACAAAAAUUAAAGACUUUCUACAUACCAUUAUAUGCACCAUAUGAGGAAGAAGUAAAGGACAUUAUAGAAAAGCAAGGAUCCUUUUCCAUUUGCAGACUUCAAGUUCAUGACAGUAUGAUUGGUGUCAACAAAGCCCUGAUCAGCCCGAAGAUGAUAGCAUAUGGGCUUAGGGCUGCCUUUGAGCCAAUAAUAGGGGACCAUUUUGGGUCAUCUACAGAGAUUAUGGAUGAAUUUGUCAGGACAACAGAGCAGCUCAUGAGUCCAGCACUUCUAGAAAACGAACGUACCAAGAAUCCUAGAGUUUUCCUUGCAAUGUCUCUUGCAAGGAAGAGCUGAUCACCAAAAUCCACCCCUUCUACAUCGGUGUCCUUUUCAAGAUUUACUCUGGCUUCAAAUAUGAGAGAAUUACAUACUAUUGUGAUUGAGUGAAUAAUGAUUUCCUCUCUACAAAUCAGAC